AUGAAUAUUUUAAACGUAUCUCAACAAACAUCAUACGAUAAAAGCAUUGAAAGUUUUGAGUAUCAUUCAUACAAACCAUAUGUAACUAGUUUUAACAAGAAUGACGAAAUACGUAUUCCUAUUAAUCAAAAAGACCUCAAUACAAAUCUUAAUGCGAUCAAAUUAAAUACAGGUGAAGUUGUAGAAGGUAUUAUAAUAAAUAAAAUAGUUUGGCGAGCUCCACACAUCGAAGUAUCAGAUCGUGAAAGGAUCAGCCUAUUAAAACUUUUAGAGAAAGAUAGAGCUAUUCCAUUGGUAUUCCGUUCCUGGGCCUUAUAUGAAUAUCCAUUGCUACCCAAAACACAUAAACAUACUUGGUCUAUAAAAACUUCAUCGCAAAUAGAGAAACCACGAUUUGUGGUCAUUGCCUUGCAAACCAACCGCAAACAUAACGCGAAAUUAUCAAUGGCAGAGUUUGAUCAUUGUCACGUACGAGAUGUAAGAGUCUUUUUAAAUUCAUCAUAUUAUCCUUAUGAGGGGCUGAAUGUCAGUUCAGAAGAUAACUUUACUUUAUUAUACGAUCAGUAUGCGAGAUUUCAACAGUCGUAUCAUGGACGCCGGUCAGAGCCGUUGAUGGGUUUAAAGGAGUUCAGAGAUGUGGCUCCAUUAUUUGUAAUUGAUUGUUCAAGACAACACGAAACUUUAAAAGGUUCGAUCGAUGUGAGAGUUGAAAUUGAAACAGACCAAGAAAUACCAGAUCAUACAAACGCUUAUUGCUUGAUAUUAAACGACUGUAUAUUCGAAUACAAACCAUUGAGUAAUAUCGUUAAGAAAAUAUCAUGA